AUGGAGAAACUUCGAUCUUUAUAUGAGAAACAUGGUGAAAACGCCUACUACGGUGAGGCUGUAACUCAGUACGAGCAUGCCCUACAAGCAGCUUAUUUUGCGGAACAUUAUGAUCCAAACGAUAGUGAAUUGAUUGUAGCUGCAUUUCUUCAUGAUGUUGGUCAUUUAUUAGGUACAAAAAAGGAAGACUUCAUGGGUGAGUUGGGUGUACUACAACAUGAACAUAUUGGUGCUGAAUAUCUUCGUACGCAGGUUGGCUUGUCUGAACGUAUAUGUUAUCUUGUUGCAAAUCAUGUAAAUGCUAAACGAUAUUUAACUCACAUUGAUAAAGAUUACUAUAAUCGUCUUUCGGAUGCAUCGAAGCAAACACUCAUUUAUCAGGGUGGACCGAUGAUGAAUGAUGAAGCAGAGAAAUAUCGUUCGCAUCCUCAAUUUGAAUGUAGUCUUCGAAUGCGUACAUUUGAUGAAGCUGCAAAAGAGGUUGAUUUUGAUAAGUAUGAAGGAAAAAUUGAUCAAUAUUGGAAUUUAGUUGAAAAAUCUAUCAUCAAAACGUAA